AUAAGCCGGUUGUUUUGAAAAAAGCAUAACUCAAUUACCAGUAGUAGUAUUCAGUUACCAGUAGUCACAAUGCGUUCGCUUUUCCUGUUAGUUUUGGGAGCAAUUGCAGUGUCGGGGGCGGCUGUCCCUCGCACUUCGCAGAGGAUUGUGGGAGGAUCUGCCACCACUAUCGACCGGUAUCCGUUCGGUGCAGUCGUUCUGUUCCUCUCGAAUGGAGGAUUCUUCCGCCAGCAUUGCGGUGGAUCCAUCAUCAAUGAAAAUGCUGUCUUAACUGCUGCGCACUGUCUGCACCGCAGGAGAAACGACCAGUUCCGCAUCCGUGUCGGUUCAACCCAAGCCAGCAGCGGCGGCAGCGUGCACGCCGUUAACCGCUUAAUCUCACAUGCGAGCUUCAACCACAACACCCAGGACAAUGACCUCGCUAUCAUGAGGACCACCACCCAGAUCAACUUCCUCCCUGGAUUGGUCGCAGCAGGCACCUUCGCUGGGUCUAACUACAACGUGCCUGACGGUGCCUCCGUCUGGGCUAUCGGCUGGGGAGCUGGACGACCCAACGGCCCCGGAUCCGAGCAGCUGCGUCACGUGGAGAUCUGGACCGUGAACCAGGCGGUCUGCAGGGCUCGCUACCAGAACAUCAGAAUGACUGUUACAGACAACAUGCUGUGCUCGGGCUGGCUGGACGUGGGCGGCCGCGACCAGUGCACGGGAGACUCUGGAGGCCCUCUACUUCAUGAUAAUGUGGUCAUUGGAGUCUCAUCUUGGGGCCAGGGCUGCGCGUCGGCAGAGUACCCUGGAGUCAACGUGCGUGUGUCUCGCUACAUUGACUGGAUUCGCACAAACGCGUAGGAGAA